AUGAGUGUGUAUUUACAAUGCUUCCGUUGCACAGCUUUGGAGAAGAGGAUUUAUGGAUUGCAACAAUUUUGUGAUAAGAUCAAUACUGCCUAAUCCAACGAGUUUAUGAGUCAACAACAAUAUUAUAUUAAUGACGAAUGGUAUAAAAAUGACAAUGUGUUAAAAUACAUAGUGGACAAUCAAGUAUUCUAAGAGUUAUUUGGAGAAAAAGCUCACUUCGAAUUGAUGAAGAGAUCAUUCCCAAUCAUUCAAUUUCUGUACUUACAUCAAAAAUUAAGUAAAGAUGAAAUAUUGAGCAUACUCAGAUUAGGAAAAGGUAAGCAUGAAACAUGGGAUAAUAUGAUUUCAAAAUUGCUCACAGAUUUGGCAGAAAUCUUAUCACUAGAGGACGUUGAAACGCUGAUUCAAAAUAUAAAGUAGAGUUAGAUAGAUUAAAAUGGACUCAAUUUUAUUAAGAGUUUGGGGAGAAACAAAUAUUUGCGAUAGGAUUUAGAAAACUAGAAUAAUAGAAUGGGAAAUAACAAUAAUAAUGAUAAUUUUAUAAAAUAGAAUGAGAGAUCAAGUGGGAAAAGGAAGUAUGAAUAAUUCGAUACGGAUUAUAAAGAAAUAGAAUAAAAUAAAAAUGAAACCAUAGAGCAAUUUGAUAAUGACAGGGCUAUAUAAUUGAAAUCUCAAAUUGUCGAAUUCCUAUUAAACAUUGUUCACGAAUAACCAAGCACUGAAAUUGGUCAGUCAGCUUUCUAAAUAGCUAUCAAUUUAAUUUGUCAUCAAUUCAAAUCACUCAGAUAACAAUAUCUAUUGCACGGAUUUUCGAAUUUGAUUGCUUAAGAGCAACCAUUACCAGUCUGUAAUUACAUCACUGUGUUAUAAAAGAUCAUUUCAUCAUCUUAUCCGUUAGCUGAAUUUAAUAAUUCCAGGGAUGUCUUGAAAUGGAUCCAAGACAAAUACGAUAUUAAAUUGAACUUUUUAAAAGUAAUGGGAAGAGAAAAGUUGAAAUUGAUCAAAAGAGAAAGUAAGGAUUACUUAUAAACGAUUGAACAAUUUGUUAAAUUCUACGAAUUCCUUCAUUAAGAUUCAAAAAUCACAAGAGCUUAGUUGAUGAUCUUAUGGAAAUUGUUGGUAGAAAAUGCAAGAUGUAUAGAGGAGAAGGAUCUAUUUUUUAAUUGGGUUGGAGAUGUCAAUAAGAAGUUCUUGGAUCAAGAGGCCAUAGAGUUAUUGUUCAUAUCCACCAUUAAAAGCUCCUCCCUAAGUCAGUAAAUGUUGUAAUGCUUGACUAAUCUAAUUCUAUAUUUCAAUGUCUAAUAUAAGGUAAUGAAGUUGCAGUAUGAUCAAUAUACAAUUGUGGAUGCAGACAUUAUUGGAUUGCAAGUACUAUGGAAGAUCUUCAAGUAGCAAGUGUAAUUGGGACCUUAAUUGUAGCAAUUCUUCAUUAAGCUCUUGCGAUUCAAAUAGCAACAGACAAUCCUAAAUUAAUUAAAAUAACAAUACUUAGUUUAACUGUUCAAUUAAAUUAAUAAUCCUAAUUCUCUAUCAUUGAUAGUCAAAUUAUUAGAAGAAUUUGAAGGAUACUAAUUAAUAGAAUAAGGGGAAAAGGUGUUUGUGACGAUUGAUAAUAAAUGCAUGGAUGCCAUGCCUCCAAAGAGAUAAGAUAUUCAAUUAUUGAGUGGAUUGCCAGUAUUAUAAGCAAAACAAAUAAUAGGAUAGAAAUUGAAUCCAUCUUUGAAGCCAGAUGAAUUCGAUAUUUUCUGUAGAGGAACUCUAUUUGAUGAUAAUAAAACACUCAAAGAUUAUAAGGUAAAUUAGAAACUGACUUUUGUAAUAUCAAAAAGAGAGAACUUGGCAGAUGAGAUUAAUGCUUAUAAUAAUACUACCAAUCAGAUCUCUAAUGAAUACGUGCCAAACGAUUCAGAUGAGAGAGUCUAAGAGAUUAUCAAUAUAGUGUAAAUACAAGACAGAGAUUUCAUAAUUUCUGUGUUGAAGGAAAAGAAUUGGCAAGUAGAUAAUGCUAUAUGCGAUAUUUUGGAUCGUGGAGAACAAUUGCUUUAGGAAUACUAAUAAAAGAAUCCACAGGUUAAGAAACAGUAAAAGGCUGUGAUGAAACAACAAACCGAUGAGAUCUCAUUUGCUUCAUUAAUCUCAAAUAAUUACAUCAAUUAGUUAUUCAUACUACUUAAUGAAGGGAACCAUGAAUAGAGUACUAAGGUUUGGUCUAUCCUAUAAAUGAUACCCAGGAAUAAGGAAGUGUACGAGUUGAUUGAGUAGUCGUAAACUGAUUGGUGUAAUCUCCUCAUGGUAGAUAACAAAUACAAAUUGUAAUAUCACUUGUAAAUUCUAAAGGAAUAAUUGUAAUGUGACUACAUUGAAGAUCAAGAUGAAUAUGAAAAGAGAAAAGCAUUACGAGAAAACUUCCUCUUUUAAGGUGGCCUAAAAUUACUGUUGAUCCAAUUGGACAAUCCAAUUGAAAUAUUGACAAUCAUUCUAGAUAUCUUCUAAAUCUACUUCUUGGCUUAUUCAAUGAGUAGAUUGAGGAUGAUGAAUUAGAAUGAGUUCUUACAACUCUUAAGAUUAAAACAGGCUGUCUAAUAGAAGGACGAAGAUCCUAAAUUAUGCAGUCUAUUGAGUAUAUAACUAUAGAAGUAAGAGAAACCCAACAUACAAGGAUACGACGAGGCUUAACUUCUCUAAUAAGUGUUCUUUAAUUCGGAAUUGGAAGUAGAAUGGAAUGUAUUGUUGGAAUCUCUGACCCAAAGAAUUGGAGUUGAAUAGAUAUACACAAACAUUCUAUGCAUCUUGUAUAUGAAACCUGAAUUACUUAAACUUGAAUUGCCCAUCAACAGGUUGGUAGAAUUGCUAAAUAGUGCAAAUGAGGAACAACGAAAAUUGACAGCCUAUUUCAUACUGACGCUUCAAGAUAUUGGAAAGAGAAAUGGAGUGAAUCUCAGCAAUGACAUACUGAAGGCCUUAAUCAAGGGAGAAACAUAGUAUGAUGAAUUAUACCUGGUGAUUGCCGGAUUGAUUGGUUAGGUGAAUGAUCUGACAUUCUUUGACACUCAUCAAUUGGCUUAAUAGAUAAUAUCAUUGAUUUUAAAUAGGCAAAUUAUGGAGUAAAGAUUUACUGAAAAUGAAGAUAAGCUAUUGCAAGGCAAUUUGCUAUUGUUGACUUCCUUGUUGCAGGUUGACAAAAACAUUAAGGUAGACAUUCAAUUCACAAAAUUCUUAUACAAAUGUCUAUUUGAGAUGAAUAAUGAUUAUUACAUUUACCCUGUUUAUAAACGCAAACUAACGAGAAAGAGAGUAUUCCAAUUUGUUAUUGGAAUUGUGUAAAGAUGA